GCAUGGCAAUCAGUUGGCAUCAGACUCGCGGCGUGUAGAGAACUUUUGUGUUUGCGUGUGGAUUUUCAGUGCUUACUCGUACAUAAAUACAUACAUAUAACUGAUGGCUUAAAAAUGGUACACUCCAACGAAGAUGCUCUCAAUAAAAUUCCACUGAAAUCUGCUAGCGGCUUAGAUGAUGAGGAGAAAAAUGGUGGAGAAUUCACUAGUGAUACAGCGGCGGCGGAGGAGGCGAGACGCGAACAAAUGCGCGCGAACAUCCUCAAAUGGAUGAAAAAGUUAACGAUAGUACUCAUCUGCUUUAUCGGUGUGGCACUCAUCUCCUACGUUAUUAUCAGUCUAUGCUUUAGCGAUUGGUCUAAGACGUCAAAUGCACAAAGCAAAAACAGUACAGCCAUCGACAAUGAUACAUCCUUCGCUCUUCCCUCCAUCUCUAAUUAUUCUCUCUCGCCAGACGAUGACAGCAACAGUAGUAAAAAUGGCGCGCUAGCGUCAAACUCAACAAGUGACAGUGCUGAAGAAGGCAGCACAAUAGCCGAGCUUACCACCACUACCAUCGCCACUGCAGCCGGCAGCAUCGCGAUAGCCGGCUUCAGUGAGUCAGCAGCAACACAGCCUACUGACGCCCUCACCGCCACCGUCAGCGCCGAGCCACCAACGGCGCCAAUAUCCACCUCGGCUACCAACAAUAUGCCCACCACAGCUCAAACAACCGCCAGUAGCCAAGCGAAACCAACGAGAAAGGCGCUGGUGCUCAAGGAUACACCGCCAUUGAUAAAGGAGAAAUUCGUAUCGAAAUUGGGUGUUUAUGAGCAGGCGGCUGUGUGUUCAGAUCGCGAAGUUUGCAGCGAAAUUGGCAGUCACAUGCUGGACCAGAAGGGUAGUGCUGUUGACGCCGCCAUCGCCACUCUCCUGUGUAAUGGUAUCCUAACCAUGCAUAGCAUGGGUAUUGGUGGAGGCAUGCUUAUGAAUAUCUACCUUAAGGACAGUAAACAUGCCUAUUCCAUUGACGCACGCGAGGUCGCACCGUUCGAAGCAUUCCAAGAAAUGUUCGAUGGCAAACUAGAACUAUCACUUAAUGGUGGACUUUCGAUUGCCGUGCCGGGCGAACUGAUGGGUUAUCAUCGUGCGCACGAACGUUUUGGCAAAUUACCCUGGAAGACACUCGUCGAACCGGCAAUUAAAUUGUGUCACGAAGGCUUCUUUUUGACACAUCACCAAUGGAGUGCAUUGAAUUAUCGCUGGCAUCAUAUGAAGAACAACACCGUGUUGACCGAUGUUUUCGUCAAUGCCACAACUGGUCAACUGUACCCGGUCGGCACGAAAAUUAAGCCACAAAAAGUGCUUUGUGAAACUUAUGAGCUCUUAGCGGCAAAUGGCCCACUCGACUUCUACAAUGGUACGCUGGCGCAUAUGGUGGUGGAGGACCUAAAGGAUCUUGGUAGCAAAAUAACAGCAUACGACUUGGAAUCCUACUCCGCUGAUAUGGUCAGUUCGAUUACCAUGCAAUUGGGCGACGAUAUACUCUAUGCCGUGCCGCCUGUUAGUAGUGGCACUGUUGUGGCCAAUAUACUCAGCAUUUUGGAAGGUUUCAAUAUCACCAAAGCCGAUUUGGUUGGUGCGCAGAACGAGGCUAAUACGCUGCAUCGCAUAGCGGAAGCGCUUAAGUUUGGCUUUGCAAAGCGCUGGGAAUUGGGCGAUUUGCGCUUCAACGAUGUGCGUGAGCUCGUCAGCAGACUUACCAACCCCGAGUACAGCAUGAGCAUACGUGAGAAGAUCAACGAUAAUAAAGUGCACAAGGAAAUCUUUGAUUAUGGAGCACAAUUUAUGGGCGAAGACGAUGCAGGCACAUCCCAUGUAGUCGUUCUGGCGCCCGAUGGCGAUGCGGUUUCUGUGACGAGCUCCGUUAACGAAUAUUUUGGUGCCAGUCAGGCUGGACGUCGUACCGGUAUCGUAUUUAAUAGCGCCAUGAAUGAUUUCUCUGUCGCUGGUACUACUAAUCACUACGGUCUACCAGCGGCACCUACCAAUUUUAUUGACGCACGCAAGCGACCCAUGUCGUCGAUGUCACCGAUGAUUUUGACCGAUCAGAAAGGUAAUGUGCGUUUGGUUUUGGGCGCUGCAGGUGGUUCGAAAAUCAUAUCAGCUGUUGUUGAGGUGGCGGCGCGCAUCCUAUGGUUCGGGCAGAACAUCAAGUCGGCCAUUGAUGCGCCACGUAUUCAUCAUCAACUCUUACCAAAUGUUUUGCAAUACGAAUUUGGUCAAUUUAGUGAGGAAGUAUUGCAGCUGCUAAAGGCGAAAGGACACGAGUUGCAACCCUACAAGGAUAUUGGCUCAGUGGUGUGCGCCAUUGCGAGAAACGAUACGGCGAUAUACGCGAAUGCGGACUUUAGAAAACGUGGCGGCGUAGCUGGUUUUUAAAAGCACAACAAUGAAUUCUCAAAUUUUUUACAAAAGUAUGUAUGUAUUCAAUAUGUAGUACAUAUGUAUACAUAAAUACAUAAAUAAGUGUGCGCUAAGUCCAAAAAAAAACAAAAAACACAACAUUGCGAGAUUAUUUAUUAUCUACCACAAAGUCAAUGAGAAGAAGAAAAUAAUGCUUUUCCUACAUAUGUAUGCAAUUAUGUACACACAUAUUAGGGUGGCGCUUAAAAUAUCAA